AAAUAACCUGUAAUUUUUUGACGUCAAAACUAGGCUGAACAACCUCAAUAUGGUUUUUGCUGUGGUCUUAUUUUCGAAGUUCGAUUGGUCUGUCCCGAUGAACUCACAGAUCCUCGGAAUAACGUUUUACUUGUAAAGACCGAAUUUGGGGACCAAAAAAUUUUUCAGUCGUCAGAUGAAUUAGAUGCGAACGAAUGGAUUACUGCCAUACGCAGUGGCUUACCACCAUUGCGCAGGAAUCCUGUUUCUCCGAAGUGUGACAUUGACCUUAGUCGUAUUAUAACUUCAGUUCGAUCUGAACGAUGUACCAACUGUGAUGCAAUUCUGGAUUCAAAAUCAGCCCCCAAUAUGAUGUCUCCAGUUCCGUUACUACCAAACAAAACUAAUACUAUUGAAUUAAGUGUUGGAUCAGAUCAUAGAAAGGUUCAUGACACAUCAGUAUUUCAUUCUACUAAUUUCAAACCACUAUGUACAGAUGACUCAGCAAACCCUACCAUUGUAUCAACGUUUGCACAUGUUUGUAGUCAUGUGAAUAGUGUACCGGAUGUUUGGUCUGCUUCUACCAAAUCUGAUCGUUCUAUUACAAAUCAUGGUAUUAAUCUUAGUCAAUCAGAUGGAUGCACUACUACAAUGAGCAAUACAAUCUCUUCUCAUGGAUUAAUAAAACCUACUGUUCUUUGUCCUACUCCAUCGCGAGUUUCUACUUUCGCUCCGGGAUUUCUACAUACACCAACUUCCUCUCAUCCAGUUUCAUUACAUUCGAUUGGCAGACUAGAUAAAAGCAAUAGAUUAUGCAGUUUGACAAACAAUACUUUACUAGAACAAAUUAAUUCACCGAUAACAAAUCAGUCAAGAGUUGAUAGUCUUCGAAGUGGAGCAUUUUCUGUCCUCAAUUCUUCAAGUAAUCUACCACGUGUUUCUUCGUUAACUUCUGGUUUUGAAGAUUUAAUUGGACAACAGCUUUCUAUUUACCCAUGGUAUCAUGGGACACUUUCACGAGUUCGAGCCGCUAGUUAUGUAUUAGGUCAACUUUCGGAAUUUGAACAUGGGAAUGCGCAACAGAACUUAAUUUCACCGGAAGCUGCUAGAAUAAAUUUUAACUCUGAACAAAAUACUACUGACUUAUCAAAUAUCUCUCCUGCCUUGUCAACUACGGAUGGUGUAUUUCUUGUGCGUCAAAGUGAAACAAAACAGGGUGAAUUCGUCUUAACAUUUAGUUGUCAUGGUAAACCUAAGGUGAGUAUACACUCCUGUUAUCACCUCUGA